AUGCCAGAAUCUGAUCAGAUAAAACAGUUUAGGGAAUUCCUCGGAACAUACAAUAAACUUACAGAAACCUGCUUUCUGGACUGUGUAAAAGACUUUACAACAAGAGAAUAUCAUAUUCAGCAGAAUGAAGCCCUGGCAGCCAAAGCUUGACUCCUUGGUCAACCACGAUAGAGAGAAAUCCUGAUGGAUGGACUUUCAAUGAAAGAUUGCCAACAGCUGU